AUGGGCUUUUUCAAUUUUCCGGUUUUGGCUGCGGCCGUCCAUGUUCUCGCCGUCUUGAUUUAUUUCGUUCAUCCUUACCUCUCCAAUGAGCCAUUGAGACGAAUCCCAGGACCUUUUCUAGCUAGAUUUACAAACAUCUGGCUUUUCCUACAAGCCCGUCGUGGGAGGAGGUUUAUCGCUGUGAAUGACGCACAUCGGAGAUUUGGCCCCGUUGUGCGUAUCGCACCCAACCAUGUGUCGGUCGUUGACCCUGAUGCUGUCAACUUAAUAUACGGUCAUGGAAAUGGAUUUACAAAGAGCGACUUCUAUGAUGCUUUUGUAUCACUCCGCCCCGGCCUCUUUAGUACCCGCAACAGAGCAGAUCACACACGAAAACGCAAGGUUGUGUCACACUUAUUCAGUGCCAAAUCUACGCUCGAGUUUGAACCGUUUGUUAAAUCCACUAUUGAAGCCCUGUUGCGGCAAUGGGACGGGCUCAGCCAUAGUGCGGGUGGUUCAUAUGCUCCUAUCGAUGCCCUAGACUGGUGUAAUUGGGUCGCCUUUGAUUGUAUCGGGGACUUGGCUUUCGGGGCACCGUUUGGGAUGACCCGGAAUAGCUCGUCCACGGCCGAAUUCAGAGAUGCCCGGAACCCGUUGGCGCCCAUUACUACUGCUAAUGCAGUGGACGCUCUCGAAAAACGAGGUUAUUUGACGUGCAGUCUAGGUUGCAUGAUUCAGUUGAAAUCCUGGGCGAAAUGGAUUCCCGCUAACCGGAUGACUCCAGACCCAGUGUUCCAACAAGGGCUCUACGCGAUGGACACUGUCAAUGGCAUUGGCGCUGCCCGAGUUGAUGAACGAAUUGCAAAACCAUCCCAACGGACUGACCUCCUGACAAAACUAAUGGAAGCUCGGGAUGAGAACGGCAAGCCGCUGAGCCGGGAGGAGCUCAUUUCUGAAGCAUUGACGCAAGUAGUGGCUGGUGCAGACACUACAAGCAAUAGUCUUUGUCCGAUCAUCUUCUAUAUUGCCCGAGAUGCAGUUGUGCAGAAAAAAUUACAUGCCGAGUUGGAUCAUGAGCUAGGUGAUCUCGACGGAGUUCCGGAGUACUCCCAAAUUAAAAACUUGCCUUAUCUGUGGAACGUAGUAAAAGAAGGUUUGCGCCUUCAUACCACAUCUGCUCUUGGUCUUGCACGUGAAAUCCCUCGAGGAUCGUCCUGCACUGUCCAGGGCCAUCACUUCCCGGAACGUACCAUUUUAAGUAUUCCCAGCUGGACUAUGCAUCAUGACCCUGAUAUCUGGGGCCCGGAUGCGAUGGAAUACCGCCCGGAACGAUUUGACUACCUCACGACCGAGCAAAAGAAAGCUUUCAAUCCAUUCAGCUUCGGUCCGCGGGCCUGCAGUGGGCGAAACCUGGCUGAGAUGGAGACACUGCUCGUUGUUGCGACCAUUUUUAAGAGGUAUUCGUUUGAGUGUUACCAGGAGGAGCUGGUAACGACAGAGGGGUUCCUACAUAAACCACUGGGUUGCUCUCUAGGAAUUCGACGACGCUAA